AUGUCGUCACUGCGCGACGACGGCUUCGAAGUCGUCGGCGUCACCAGCUCAGGCAUCCAGCGUCCCAUCCGAGCCCCUCGCACACGAGCAGCAAUUCGAAAAUCGACGAGGACCACCAAGCUGCCCUCGAUCCCCAAAGCCGACUCGCCUUCCCAGCAGCCUGAAGUCGAAGCAGUGGGUCUCAAUGCUGGUCAUCCAAGCAAACGCAAAGUGACCAGUUCCGCCAAGCGAAGGCGAUCUAUCAGUGAUGCCUCCCGAUCCAGUCGCGGCCGUUCUGCGUCUCACGAUGAAGAACGCGACGAGCUCGAGGAAGGUCCUAGCCGAAAGUACAAGAAACCUUCUAACAAAGCCUCGAAAGCUUCACCCAGCAAGGCUCAGGACAAGAGCGACGCCAAAGCGAAAGGCAAGGGUAAGGGUGCCGACAAGGAGCCCAAGCCAAAAAAGAUUACCAAGGCUGGGCUGGAGCGCGCCAAACUCGACGAGCUGCGAAGCGACGAGCACUUCGGCAAGCUCGACGACGGAAUCAUCAAGCGCAUCGCCAAAGUGCACCUCGAGCGUAUGUACCUCAUCCACCGCUUCCGCAACGGCGAGCAACUGCGCGAAGAGUUUGACGUUAGUGGCUCCAAGGGCAAUGUCUACAAGGUGGUCAUUGAUCGCAGUGUCAGCUGCAGCUGCAUGGAUUUCUCCCUCCGACGCCAAGUGUGCAAGCAUCUUCUGUUUGUCUACAUCAAGGUGCUGCGGCUUGAAGGACAUCUGCCGGUCUACUCGCGCAUUCGCCUUUCUGCGGACGAGGUGGACCAAGUGUUUGACGAAGCCCUCGAGAACCCUGUGGCGCAGGCGCUGGCCAAACCCGAACUUCGUAAGGCGUGGGAGACCGCAGUGGGCUACCAGUCUGAAGGCGACGACGAGGUGGCAUCUGGCUCCGGCUCCGGCACCGGCUCAAACCGCGAUGAAGCGCCCGCCGGUAAGCGGCUCGUCCCAGAGGAAGGCGAUGUCUGCGGAGUGUGCUACGAGGAUCUCGAGCCCGGCAGCAUCGAGGGACUCGAGUUCUGUCUUGAAUCGUGCGGACGCCCCAUCCACACUGACUGCCUCGAGACGUGGUUCAACACGCGUGGCUUCAAUCGUACCUGCAUCUGGUGCCGAGCCAUUGGUGCUGUGGUUGAUGCCUCUGGCAGACAGCUCAAUCUUGCUGCUGCGGCCGGCCUCAACGAGCCUGUCAACCUGGAACCUGCCGCCGAGGCUGUUGGAGGUGAAGACUAUGCAGCUGGCUGGGAGGGAGUUGCCGGGGGCAUCCUCGUCUAA